AUGGAGCAAGCUAAUGAAGAUUUCCUCAUUAUACUUGGAAGGGAAUAUCCGUUUUUAUCCGAUAAGCAUGUGAAUGACUACUUUAUCAAAUGGUCUAUGAAAGGCAGGUUGAGUGUUGUUACAUUCACUUUUGACCAUAUGUUUGUACCAUAUAAAGCAGAUUCAUUUUUCACACGGUUUUUCAAUUCGCCUUCUGUGCAAAAUGCUCUCACUAUUCCCCACACUAAAACUAUUGUCAAAAUUAACAGCGUAAGAUGUACGCUCACCAACCUGGAUGUCUUUCGUAAACUUUCAAGUGUGACACAUGAGUGCGGAAGAAUUAAAACACGUCUGGACGAUGUUUUCGAAACAAUCCUUAUUUCCGAUAAAUUAAGAGAGUGUUUGUUACUUGAAGAUUCAGACAGUUAUUCUAUUCUUACUGAAAAAGAGAGAGAAGAGUUCCUCGUUCGCCUGUUCAGACACAUUUGUAUUGGAGGUGAAAUAUGUCAACAAGAAGAUGAGAUUAAGCCAUACAUUGAUACUGUACGCAAAAUAUAUCGUGAUUUAAUAUGUGUUCAGAAGAAUCCUGAUUCAAAAGCAAUCGAAAUUGUUUCCCAUGUUUACGAAGUUCGUGUGUAUGAUGAACAAAAUAACAUGGUGUUUCCCUCACGUAAAGAACAUUUAAAUACGUUCGCUUAUGCAAUCGUGGAUCCUUUCAAGAGAAACGUAAUAAUUUUUUAUCAUGUUUUUGGAUGCGGGGAAUUUUCAUGA